AUGCCAAGCCAACAGAAGAAAGUCAUUUUUUGCAUGGCUGGGAUGUUAAGCUUUGUGUGUGCCCUCGGAGCUGUGGCAGCCCUGGGGACACCUUUGUGGAUCAAAGCCACCUUCUUCUGCAAAACUGGGGCUCUGCUCGUCAAUGCCUCAGGGCAGGAGCUGGACAAGUUCAUGGGCGAGAUGCAGUACGGGCUUUUCCAUGGAGAGGGCGUGAGACAGUGCGGGCUGGGAGCAAGGCCCUUUCGGUUCUCAUUUUUCCCAGAUUUGCUCAAAGCCAUCCCAGUGAGUAUCCACGUCAAUGUCAUUCUUUUCUCCACGAUCCUCAUCGUUUUAACCCUGGUGGGGACGGCCUUCUUCAUGUACAAUGCUUUCGGCAAGCCCUUUGAAACCCUGCAUGGUCCACUGGGGUUGUAUCUCUUGAGCUUCAUUUCCGCUGCCCUUUGGCUGCCAGCCCCCACUAGAACGCAAAUACAGGGCUCCUGCGGCUGUCUUGUCAUGAUACUGUUUGCCUCUGAAGUGAAAAUCCACCGCCUCUCAGAAAAAAUUGCAAAUUACAAAGAAGGGACUUAUGCCUACAAAACACAAAGUGAAAAGUACACCACGUCGUUCUGGGUGGUUUUCAUUUGCUUUUUUGUUCACUUUUUGAAUGGGCUUCUGAUACGAUUUGCUGGAUUUCAGUUCCCUUUUGCAAAAUCUAAAGACACAGAGACAACUAACGUAGCUGCAGAUCUAAUGUACUGA